AUUAUUACAUGAAAUAGUAUAUUAAUUUAGUAUUUACAUUACAUUACGUUAUUCUAGAUUACAUAUUUGUAUUUAUUUACAUAUUAUUCACCUUACAAUAAUACCACAGAAAAAAUUCUGUGAUAAUACCAUAUUACCAUGGUCCAUGGUUAUCAAAGGAUUUAGAGAUUUAGACCAGUAAAUAGUAAAUACAAAAGGAAAUAAUUUUGAAAAAAUGUUCAUACUUCGUUACCUUAAAUAAUAUUUAUUAUUUUUUACCGUUAAUUGUGAACUGUUAAGUUAAUCAAAAUCAAACUUUUUUAUUGUAUUGUGUGAUAUUCUUCUUGAAAUUAACACUACGCUUGCUUUUUCAGGUCCUUUGGGGAGCCUUUUCUGCUGCGUUUAUCAUUAACGUGUCACAAUGAAAUUCAAAUUCUGUGGGGGUGGUGACUGCCCAGAAUGGUUAUUGGUUCAGAUCAAUGCACUUUCAAGAAUGACAUCGAUUAAAAUGAAACUGUUAGCCCAGUGCACGGUUAAUUCAUUGCUCGGAGAACCAUUCAACUUUGAAAAAGCUAAGGAGCUUAUGGCUGAUGCUAAACUGGAUGUUGAAAACUGUAAAGCCUGUGUAGCCGCAAUCACAUAUAUUCUAAAAAAUGCUGCUUGUCACGCUGUUUCUCAAAAUUAUCUCUCAAAUGAAUUACAACAAAUUGGUUUACCUCGUGAACAUGCUUCAGCGCUAUGCAGAGUAUAUUUGGACAACUUAUCACAAAUUACUAAAGUGUUGAAGAACGAAUCUUUGCAAAUUGGUCGUUUGAAUGAUGUUGAUAUAUCCAAAGGAAAUGAUGGUGAAUUUGUGAUGAAAUUGAAUUAUAAUAAUACAUCUAAAAUUUCAAAAGAAGAUAAAUUUACGUUAACGAAGGAACAAAUUCAACUUUUAAUUGCGGAGUUCAGUGAUGUUAGCAAUCAAAUGAAUACAUUAGCUCAAGAAUGCAAAGAAUAAAUAUUUUCAAAUAAUUUAUCUAGUAUGUAUCACUAAUUAGUAACUAUUACUACAAAUUACAACAUAUUAUUGUCAACAAUUUUUAAAUACAAUAACAUUUUAAUUAACA